AUGCGUCUAAAAGAAAGAAGAGACGAGCCUCAUCGAGGUGGGAGAAAAUAUCGCUCUAGAUCCCGUUCCAGAUCUUACUCCAAUUCUAGACAAAAAGGGGUCGAACCAUACUAUCGCGGUCGCCCUAACGACCGUCGAGAUGAUUCACGAAGGCGAAUGAAUAACGUGCGCCCCAAUCGGUCAGCAUCAAGAUCGAGGUCUCCCACCAGGUCGCGGUCGGCAAGUCAUGACGGCAUGGAUAAUGGUGAUGAAGUACGCAAAGGCAGUCGGCGCAAUGAUCGGAGAGACAACCGUGCUGUCUCCAGAAGUCCUGCACAUAGGCGUGGUUCUUUGUCACGAUCUCGUUCCGGUUCAUAUUAA